AUGGCCUCACAACUGGCACGGCCGUCAAUAGGCAGCCUUCAAGCGGCCUUCUCUUCAUGCCGCAUCUCAACAACAACGAAGGCGACGACGACGGCGACGCCACCAUACACAGCAGCUCAAUGGCGAAAUUUCAGCACCACACCAACCGCUGCCCAAGGCAUCACCAUCCCACCCGAGUCCCCGAAAUACAUCCGCGUGCCUGAGCCCCCACAGGCCUCGGAACAAAAACUACCCCGCGUCCGCGGCCACCUCCCGAUUCCGCGCGACCUCUUCCCCAAGCGUGACGGCAACCGCAAAGCCAAGCCGGAAUUUACCAAAGCCGCCAACCCGCUGUCCAAGUCCGAAGCUGCCGGAAAACCGCCGCGGUCGGAGGAAGAAGCCCGCCAUCGCGUGUUCGCGGCCGCCAGGCGCGAGGCCAUGGCUUCGGGUCUGCAGGACCUCUACGCACGCAAGAAGAGGCGGGAAGGGAUUGUACGGGCCCGUGGGAGCCGGAUCUGGGCGGCCAACAAGGCCGCGGCGAUGGCGCCCGAGCGAUUGGAUGACAUCCUGACGCGGCCGACGGUGCGAGCAGCAACAGCGCUGCAAACGGCAGUGCUGCCGGAUCCGGAGCGGUUCGAAAAGGCGGAAGCGGCACGGGCACGGCAUGCGGCGCGCAUGGCGGCCAAGGAGGAAGAGCAGCGCGACGCGCUGGCACAGCUCUACGUGGCCGCGCGCGACUUUAUUGUUGACGAGGCCGCGCUCGAGGAGCGUAUUGAGAACAUCUUCACCCCUCGCUACCACAACAUGGGCUCUCACAACAGCGGUGUGAGUAUCUGGGACAGUAGAAGCGCACCGGUCAGCACCGGUGAUCUGCGUGCCAACCUGAACAGCGCCACGGGCAAGGGCUUUGAUACGGACACCACGAAGAGGAGUGCGGCCAACCGGACUCUAGAGCGACAGAAGACGGUGGCCGAGGAGCUGACUGGCGGGAAACUGUGA